AUGAAGAGAAAUUUAAGUGACAGUUCAUCUCGUAGCACAGCAGGUUUUCUACCUGUACCACUGUUCAAUCAGAAAAAAAGAACCAGACAGCCGCUCACUUCAAAUCCACUUAAAAAUGAGCCAAGUAUGAGCACUGUGACUCAUAGUUAUGACUUUUCUGCUAGAACAACUGAAUUAGGGUGGGAAGUUGCAAAGCCAGAGCUGGCUCAACUACAGAAAACAACAAACAGUGGCCAAAUAGAACCUUCUAUGGCUCCUUCCCUGUUGAAACAAAGCACAUCAAAGCCGAAUAUAUCAAAUACUGGAAAGAACCUGAAUAUUUUGAGAGCAGAAGAAAAGAAUACCGAUGCUAAAGUUUGGAACAGAAAUGAGCAUAUGUCACCAAGUAAUAGAACCAAUAUGAUAUCUGAUAGUGGAAUCAUUCGAAAGUUUGAGAAUAUCUCAAAUAGUCUGAGAACUGUUCAGCAGCACAAACUACCUGACCAUCAUAAGGCAUCACAGUAUAUUGAGACAACUGUAACAGGACAAAUAUAUUCAUCCAAAGCACAAUGGCCAGUUAUAUCCAGCACCACAUCAAGAAGUCUACAGGAUCAUAGUCCAUCAUAUACAUUUAAACAAAAUAAAGUUAAUGAAAAACAAUUUGAUCAUGUUCCAGAAGACAAAAUGAUUCAGAAAGUUCCAGCAUAUCAAUUAAAAGUUAAAGAAAAAGACAAUUCUCUCCGAAUUAUAAGUGCAGUCAUUGAAAGUAUGAAGCAUUGGAGCCAGUAUACUUAUAAAACUGCACUAUUAUUUGAAGUGUUAGGCACACUUGAUUCUGCAGUCACGCCUGGAGCAUAUGGAGCAAAAAGUUUUGUCUUGAGAGAUGGAAAGGAGAGUCUGCCAUGUGUAUUUUAUGAAAUUGAUCGGGAGCUUCCAAGACUAAUUAGAGGUAGAGUCCACAGGUGCAUGGGAAACUAUGACACAAAAAGAAACAUCUUCAAGUGUGUAUCUGUAAGAUCUGCAACUGUUGUAGAACAAAGAACUUUCCAAGAAUUUGUUAAAACUUCAGAUGUCGAGAUGAGAGAAUGUGUGAAAACAAUGAAUGAAGUUUAA